AUGUUGCCAACCGACGCAAAGCCCACUGUGGCACGCUGGACGCUUCCUCCAAAGGUGAAGUCUUUCUUUGCGGCAUUGACGGAAGAUGAUGGCUGGACUCCGCAAACCAAUCGCAAGGCCGAGAUCAUCUACGGCGUGCUUUCAACUGGCAUGAACAAUUUGAACCUAUCUUGGUAUUUAAACCAUUCCGAUGAUUCAAAUAUUGGAUUUCGAGACGCCAGUAUACGGUAUAUAUCUAAGCGCCCACAUGACAUGAUUGAAGAGCUCCAAUUAGAGGUUCAGGAAAUCCACUGA